UGGGAUGCGUUUUUCCGCAAUGCGACAGCUGGAGCUCAGCCCGGUACAGCGUACACAGCGCCUCCGAACCUCGCGCCGUACAACAAGAAUGAAGUCCCACUCACCUCCCUGGUACCAGCUAGUGCUGGUAUGCCAUCCAUUGCUGCAGGAUCUCCGAUUAACGAGAAGAUAAUCGACGACCAUCUAGCUGUGCAGGCUAUCAUCAGGAGUUACCAGUCACGUGGUCACCUAGUGGCGCAAUUAGACCCGCUGGGCAUCGCCGUCGGGGACCCGAUAUCGAGCAACGAAUGGCACGGAGGAUUACGAGCCUUCGCUAACGAGGCAGUCAUUAGACAACACGUCAGAUUCGAUGAAGCUGAUAUGGACAGAGUUUUCAAAUUACCAUCCACUACUUUUAUUGGUGAGAAAGAGAAAGCGUUACCGUUGAGGGAAAUCUUGAACCGUCUGGAGCAGGCAUACUGCAACAACAUUGGUAUUGAGUUCAUGUUCAUCAACUCGUUGGAGCAAUGCAACUGGAUCAGGCAGCGCAUCGAACCUCCCAACGUUGGCAAGAUGAGCAACGACCAGAAGAGGCUGAUCCUCGCUCGUCUCACCAGAUCCGCUGGAUUCGAGAACUUCUUGGCGAAAAAAUGGUCGUCAGAGAAACGUUUCGGUCUGGAAGGUUGCGAAAUCUUGAUCCCGGCGAUGAAGCAGGUCAUCGACGUCUCCACUCGUCUUGGAGUCGAGUCCAUCAUCAUGGGCAUGCCUCACAGAGGUCGUCUGAACGUCGUCGCCAACGUCUGCCGCAAACCUCUCCACCAGUUGUUCACCCAGUUCGCCGCCCUCGAAGCCGAAGAUGACGGCUCCGGUGACGUGAAGUACCAUUUGGGAACAUACAUCGAGCGCCUGAACCGUGUGACGAACAAGAACAUCCGCCUGGCUGUAUGCGCCAACCCGUCUCACUUGGAGGCCGUCGACCCCGUGGUGCAGGGCAAGUGCCGUGCUGAACAGUUCUACCGCGGUGACAACGAGGGCAAGAAGGUGAUGUCUCUCCUGCUGCACGGUGACGCCGCGUUCGCCGGACAGGGCGUGGUGUUCGAGACGAUGCACCUGUCGGACCUGCCCGCAUACACCACGCACGGCACCAUACACAUCGUCGUCAACAACCAGAUCGGGUUCACUACUGAUCCCAGGCACUCGCGCUCCUCUGCUUACUGCACAGACGUUGCGCGAGUAGUGAACGCCCCGAUCUUCCACGUGAACGGCGACAACCCCGAGGCCGUGAUGCACGUGUGCAACGUGGCGGCGGAGUGGCGCGCCACGUUCCACAAGGACGUCGUCAUCGACAUCGUCAGCUACCGCCGCAACGGACACAACGAGAUCGACGAGCCCAUGUUCACGCAGCCACUCAUGUACCAGAAGAUCCACAACACUAAGCCCGUUCUGGAGAAAUACGCCGACCAACUGAUCAGCGAGGGCGUGGUCACCGCCGCGGAAGCGAAAGACGUGAAAGACAAAUACGAGAAGAUCUGUGAGGACGCCUACACACAGGCCAAGCAGGAGACACACAUCAAGUUCAAGGACUGGCUCGACUCGCCCUGGUCCGGAUUCUUCGAGGGCAAGGACCCACUUAAGAUGUCCCCAACUGGUGUAGUAGAAGAGACCUUGGUGCACAUUGGCAAGCGUUUCUCUUCCCCCCCUCCCAACGCGGCUGAGUUCGAGAUCCACAAGGGUCUGCUCCGUAUCCUGAAGGCACGUAUGGCGAUGGUGGAGAACAGACAGGUAGACUGGGCGCUGGGUGAGGCGAUGGCCUUCGGAUCCCUGCUCAAGGAAGGCAUCCACGUCAGACUGUCCGGAGAGGACGUCGAGCGAGGAACUUUCUCACACAGACAUCACGUACUCCACCACCAGAAGGUGGACAAGGCGACAUACUGCUCGCUCUGCCACCUCUACCCCGACCAGGCUCCAUACACCGUCUGCAACAGCUCACUUUCUGAAUACGCCGUGCUCGGUUUCGAGGUUGGUUACUCGAUGACAAACCCGAACGCUCUGGUACUGUGGGAGGCUCAGUUCGGAGACUUCAACAACUGCGCGCAAUGUAUCAUUGACCAGUUCAUCUGUAGCGGACAGGCUAAGUGGGUGCGACAGUCCGGACUCGUACUUCUGCUACCUCACGGCAUGGAGGGCAUGGGCCCCGAGCACUCGUCAGCCAGGCCCGAGAGGUUCCUCCAGAUGUGCGCCGACGACCCCGACUACAUGCCUCCUGAGAGCCCCGACUAUGAAGUGCGUCAACUGCACGACUGUAACUGGAUAGUGGCGAACUGCUCCACCCCGGCGUCAUACUUCCACAUCCUGCGACGACAGAUUGCCCUUCCCUUCCGCAAGCCUCUCAUCCUCAUGACGCCCAAGUCUCUGCUGCGUCACCCCGAGGCCAAGUCCUCAUUCGAUGAAAUGAAGGACGGCUCAAGCUUCAGAAGAGUGAUCCCCGAUGACGGCGCAGCAUCCCAGGACCCGAAAUCGGUCCGCAAGCUAUCGUUCUGCACCGGCCGCGUCUACUACGACCUGCUCAAACACAGGCGCGAGAAGGGACUCGAGAAGGACAUCGCUAUUGUCAGAGUGGAACAGAUCUCGCCAUUCCCCUACGAUCUGAUCAAGGCUGAGAUUGAGAAGUACCCGAACGCGAACAUUGUAUGGAGCCAGGAGGAGCACAAGAACUCUGGCUACUGGGGCUACGUGGAACCAAGGUUCCGCACUCUCUUACAGAACCAGAAGACCGUCAGAGUAAAGCCACAAAGUGGUAACUGGUUUACUAAGCUUUUCGGCCGGGAAGAGAAGCCGGUCUCAGACGAGGCUGAGCCAGUGCCGCGUACCAUUAGCUACCACGGACGCGCGACGGCCGCGGCCCCCGCCACCGGAUCCAAGGCCGCUCACAACAAGGAGCUCAGGAACCUUCUCGAAGAGUUCUGCGUGCUAUAAGCGAUCACACGAACACGCGACGGUUACGAAAUGGCUAGCUUUCGCUCCCAACACACUCUUAGAUACAAUACAAAUAUAGUCAGCCAUUUACGAAUCAAAACUGUCAGUGUACACAUUUUAGAACGUUACAAACCAAUAUACUGUUAUAGUAGACAACAUUUAUGCCAUAUUGAAACUUAAACACUUGUAACAGAGUCUAAAUAUCUACGUAAUCUAUCUCGAAACGUAAUUUAUCUUUGACAUGAUCAUUUAUUUUUGUCGAACGAAAUUUAUUUUUGUAAAAUAUUGAAAUGUUAAUUUUCUCCUUACUCUCAGUAUUUUGUUGUAAUUCUCUUCAUGUUUAGGUAGAUUAGUUAGAUAAAUUAUUAUUUAUUUAUUUAAUAUAGCAUACGUGAUCUGUAGAACCUACAUAAUUUAUUUUUAUUGUAAAAGCAAUAUAACGUAGUCUCCACUUAUGAUGUUGCGUACUAGAUUAUAAUUACUUACUGAAACAAAUGGUACAUUAAUUACAAAAUGGCGUUACGUACAUACGCUGGUUGUAUUAUUUUCGUGUACAUAAAUUUAUUAUUUUUUUAUUCGAUUAUUUUAUCAUUAACGGAUUUGAAGUUAAGACGUUCCUUUUGCUAGUCUUGGGGAUACGUACAUAUAAACUUAUAACGUAGGACAGUAAUCGCACUUGGCGAGCGAUGAUGUGUAAAAUCUCGAUGACAUUGGGCGUAGCUAGAGAGCGGGAAUAGAAACGUGUAGCGUUGACGCGCACCCCGCCCUCCGCCCACUAUUGUGAUAUAUUUAUAAACUUUACCUCUAUAAUUUUGAUAUUAAAUAAAUACCCACAUAAUUAAUGUGACCUACAUAAAUUAAUGGGAUUAACCAACUCGAAAUGGUGCAGCCAAAAGCGGUUAUUGAAAUUGUAAACCGAAUUAUUUAUUCAGUAAUAAAUUUUGAUUAAAAGUAUUGAAUGUAAUGUUUGGUUUCAAAUUUUAUGUACCUACUAAUACGAUUAUUUGCUGAGACGCUUAAUUAUCCUUCGCUUGCAAGUGCGAUUGUUACCAAUACAAUAGUUGCGCUUACGGUACUGUACAUGAGAUAUUAUUAGUUAGAGAGUAAAUGUAUGUCUAGUAACUAGGCACCAGUUUAAAGUAAAUUGCACCUUAGUACAUAAAAUGUAUGUAAUAGAGGUCGUUUUGGUUUGCAACCUCCCGACCCGCGACCCGCGACCCCGCGCAUAGGUUUAGUUCGCUGAUAGUUACCGCCGUUGAGAACGGCACCUUGUAAGGGAUAACACCAACAUCCAACGCUUUGUAUAAACCGACGCAUACUAAUAUAAUUACCUUGUCUGUAGUCAAUCUUCGAAUGUAUGUCGUUACCUAAUAUGUAUGUAGUAGUAAAGGAAAUCGUAAUUGUCUCACUAUUGUGACAGGUACCUACUAGCCACGUGUAAAAUUAAGCUUUAUUCAAACCUAGUAUUAUAUGUGACAUUCAAUCUUAACUUUUAAUGCGGUUUAGCUUUCUAACACUAUUCGCAUGUGUAGGUGCAUUGGUUUUAUUGUUAAAUUUAACAUAUUUUGAUGUUCACGUAUUUUCGAUAUAUUAUAGGCUCAGGACGCCGCUGAAGAACUUCACAUUUGAUAAUAGGUAAUCUUUUGGCAAGUACUACCUGAGUCAUUUAUUGCUAAAUGUUAGUUUGAUUUAGUUAUUUACAAUAAAUAUACUUUUAAUUGAA